AUGGCCCCAGAAUCUGCCCCAUUUGACAUCGUGUCGACGUACAAUGACCUCCUCAAAUCCGACCCCGACAUUACCAUGCCCAUAGCGGCAAUUGAAGCUUUAGUCCUUCUUCUAACACACUCGCCAUCUUCCACAAUUUCAGAGACACUUGAUCUUCUAGCCAAACAUACUGCUAUACUGAAAAGUGCUAUCGCGAACCCUAUCGCCCUCUCCGCCGGUACGGAUCUGUUUCAACGAUAUCUCAUCACGACCCUACAACGGCCGGGCCAGUUAGGGCCCGCUGGAGAUUUCAACGCUAUCAGGGCACAUUUACUAUCAAACGGACGACUUUUCAUCAAGCGAGCUAAAGAGAGUAGAAACAACGUUGCUGCAUUUGGAAAAGGAUUCGUCCGCGAUGGAAGUACCAUUUUGACAAACGGUGGCUCUAGGGUAGUGUCAGCUCUGCUGCAAAAAGCGGCAGAUGAGAAGAAUGGACCAUCUGCCGUCAGAUUCCGGGUUAUCUAUGUUCUACACGGUAUCAACGACGCGGACAAUCUUUCAGUCGAACCAGAGGGUUUAGAGACCGUCCGCGCACUCAGGGCGCGAGGCGUGCCUGUUGCUACGAUACCCGAGUCUGCAGUCGCUUACUCACUUGGUAAGGUGGACACCGUGAUUGUGGGUGCUGAAGGCGUCGUGGAGAAUGGCGGUAUUGUCUCCCGUAUGGGAACUUAUCAGAUUGGAUUGCUAGCAAAAGCUAUGGGAAAGCCGUUCUAUGUUGUCGCUGAGAGCCACAAGUUUGUUCGCCUAUAUCCUCUCGGACAGUACGAUCUCCCGAUUGAGCAGCAUGUGAUCAAUUUCAAGACAGAAGAAGAUGUGGCGGCAGAAGAAGCUAGCCGUUCUACCGCAGCAUCCAAAGGGACAGUUUCAGAAGUCGCAGCGUCGUCAGAAGAAAAGGCCAAGCACAUGGCUGCUCUCUUGAACGGUGCACCGGCAAAUAAACCUGAUGGCAACACCAUGCGCCGUGAUGCCGUAGAUUACACGCCGCCGCAUCUUAUCACGGCGUUGAUUACAGAAGGUGGUGUGCUUACGCCAAGUGCGGUCAGUGAAGAACUAAUCAAGAUCUGGUUCUGA